GCUGCGGGGACGCGGGCCGGGGCACGGCGGAGGCUCGGGCUCGGGGAGCGGGGCCUGCGGGGCGGACAGACCGGAGUACUGGCGGCUCCUGCCCACGCGGUGAGGGAAGGCGCCGGGUUGAGGGGGCAGCUGUGGGAGACGGCCCGCUGGUUCUGAGCCCAUCCUGGAAGCAUGUGGUUCCUCAUGCCCUUCGACAGCCUGGUCUGUACCCUGCUGGGCAUCUCGCUGACCGUCUGGAUCACCCUCCUGCUGGUCUUCAUCAUCGUGCCUGCCAUCUUCGGCGUGUCCUUCGGCAUCCGCAAGCUCUACAUGAAAACCCUCCUCAAAGUUUUUGAGUGGGCAACACUGCGAAUAGAAAGAGGAGCCCGUGAAAGAAAGCACCUGAUCUAUAAGACUAACUCUAAUGGGAUUAUAGAGAAAGAACCCACAUCUCUGGAGGAGGAAAUAAAGCAGAUGAGACAGAGUGGCAACAACAGAGCCCUGGACAGUCGAGAAUUUGAAAUGUCUGAUAUCUUCUACUUCUGCAGGAAGGGUGUUGAGACUAUUGUGGAUGAUGAAGUAACAAAACGAUUUUCUGCUGAGGAAUUAGAAUCUUGGAAUUUGUUGACAAGAACAAAUAAUAAUUUUCAAUAUAUUAGCCUUCGUCUGACUAUCCUCUGGGGACUGGGUGUUUUUGUACGAUACUGCUUUCUACUUCCAUUGAGGGUUACCCUGGCUAUCACUGGCAUUAGCAUGUUAGUGAUUGGAACAACCAUUGUGGGAUAUUUACCAAAUGGAUGGUUGAAGGACUUUUUGAGCAAGCACGUACACUUGAUGUGCUACAGGAUCUGCGUGAGAGCGCUGACUGCUAUUAUACAUUAUCAUGACAGUGAAAACAGACCCAAAAAUGGAGGUAUAUGUGUUGCAAAUCAUACUUCUCCAAUUGAUGUCAUCAUUCUGGCUAGUGAUGGCUUCUACGCUAUGGUUGGGCAGAUUCACGGUGGGCUGAUGGGUGUCAUUCAGAGAGCCAUGGUCAAGGCUUGUCCUCAUAUCUGGUUUGAGAGAUCAGAAGUCAGAGAUCGCAAUCUAGUUGCAAGAAGACUGAGUGACCAUGUAAGAGACCAGGUUAAACUUCCAAUUUUGAUAUUCCCAGAAGGAACUUGUAUCAACAAUACCUCUGUUAUGAUGUUCAAGAAGGGCAGUUUUGAAAUUGGAGCUACUGUCUACCCUGUUGCUAUCAAGUAUGAUCCUCUGUUUGGAGAAGCCUUCUGGAAUAGCAGCAAGUAUGGAAUGGUGAACUACCUGCUGAGGAUGAUGACGAGCUGGGCAAUUGUAUGCAGUGUCUGGUAUCUGCCGCCAAUGACGCGUGAGGAAGGUGAAGAUGCAGUACAGUUUGCUAAUCGUGUGAAAGCUGCAAUUGCCAGGCAAGGCGGUCUUGUUGAUUUACUGUGGGAUGGUGGCCUCAAAAGAGAAAAAGUGAAGAACACGUACAAAGAGGAGCAGCAGAAACUCUACAGCAAGAUGAUAGUGGGGAGCCAUAAAGACCGAAGCCGUUCCUGAAAUCUCCACCGGAAGACCCAAUCCACUGCCAGUCUGGGGGUGUCAACUGACACAUCUUUGGCUGUGUUUCUGGCCCACAAUAAAUUAAAGGGCAAGAGUCUUUCCAAGUACUUUCUUUUCCAUCUUAUUGAAGAAUUUAAACCUUGGCAUCAUGCAGUGGAAAGAAAUCUGCUGAGAACUGGACUGUGUUUAUCAGGAAAUAGACAUGGAAAAUGUCCGUUAACAAUGCGUCUGUGACUGGGGUUCGGGUAAAGUAAUGAAAAUGCCAUAGAUGUACCAAGGAUGAAAGGGAUUGUCCAGCUGGUGUGGGUUAUGCCAAGCCUACUUUGACCAAUUGGAACAGUUAGCCAUAGCUUUGUGUUUUAGCUCACAGGGUUGUGGGAGCAUCUCUGUUGAGGAGGGCAGCUCAAAGAAUGAGAACAGGAAAGGAACAGAAGUACUAAACCUUUGAACAACUAAUGGAAGAGGUGUGUUGAAGAUACCUUCUGAUGCAUAUGUACUCAUUGUAGUUUCAUUCUGGUUUAAGAUCUGUACUUGCAUGCCAUUGUUUUUUUUCCUUUAAAAAUCGCAUAGACCUGUAUUUGUCAUUGUAAUCAGGAAAGAGAAAAUAAUUCCUCUUCCUCACGGUUGGUCUGGCUGCAAGCAGAUGUGAAGGAAACCUUUCUUGUACUUAGUUUACUUCACUCCAACAGAAGACUUGGGGGGAAACCUCCAAUAUACUAAGGGAGAUCUCCUGUGUACAUGGAUCAGUACUGUUCCUUGGUGCUUGUUUUCUUUUCUUGGAAACUUAUCCUGUUACUCUGUUUCAUCAUGUAAGGAUAUUAGCAUCUGACUGUAUUUUAGGAAUGUGCCCUUAAGCAAAAGUUUUCCAGUUUCUGCCUGACAGUGAUUUUUGACUGUCCCCUUUUCAAAAUUUGAAAACUGCCUUGGAAUCAACUCAUGACAUAAUUCACAAUGUUCGGUUUUAUUGGCAGGGCCCAUGUUUCUCUUCAAGGACUUCGUUGUCACAUUCUGUGAAUCAAAUCAAAUGACUAAGCAUUAGUGUGGUGGGACUUGGGAGGAAUUUGAGCUAAACCAUUCAGGUUUGGAUAAAAAUGUUUACAGAUAUUUAUGUCAGAUGUAUUAGAUGUGUGUGGGUUUGUGCUGUUAGAUUUCUACUUGGUUUCUCUCCCAAAAUACUGUGUUGAUAGCAUACUGCACAGUGGUGGAUAUGUUCAUUGGAAUUUUCUGCUGGUCUCUUCUCCCGGGAAUCUUGUGGACAUAUGGUUCUAAGGUGGCUUCUGCCCUUAACAGAUGCAGGACUUCUCUGCUAGUUUUGCUGCAGAAUCUUUUGAAACAAACAAGAAUCUCAGAGUGGAUGUGUCCUGUUGUGGGAGAGUCUAGUGCUUUAAUGUUCAAAAAUAAGCGAUUGCUCAUUUAACAGAGAUGAAAGUGACUUUUUCUUGUCCCUCUGGUUUCAUCCUCAAAUGAAACAGUCUUUGUAUAUUUUCAAGAGAUGGGUACGGAGACUCUUGAUAAGUGAGAGGGUGAAAGGUUACUAUGAAUAGGCAAUGUAGAGUUGAGGUUUCAGUUACGUUGGUUGUAACCGAAUGAAGUAGUGAAGCAGGCCUGUGGGGUGAGUUAUUGCUCUAUUACAUAUUUAAAUCCAUGCAUCAGUGGCGGGACUGCCAAGGACCCAGUGGUGAAUGUUUAACUCCAUUGUGUGUUUACUUCCCAUGUGGCUUUCGUUAAGUAAUGUUGAAAAUAGCCGAGUAAUGAUGAGCAGAUGGUGUGAAGAGCUAAUUAACAACAUACUCGGCGCUGUGUUUAACUGUGUCCCAAGAUGCCUGACUGAAGGACCGUAGGAGUACGCACACCAUUACUGUACCACCUCCAGGAUGAUGCUGCCAAUGUGAUACCAUAUGUUGAAGAGGAAGCUGGGUGACUUGCUGAAAAAUGAGACAAGCAUGUGGCUAAAUUUGACCUUGGAAUAUAAUUAAUGAGGGCAAUUUUUUCCAGAUCGCCCAAAUGUUGUCUUGGACUGAUCCCGCUUUGCUUCCUGGAUCCUUCCAAAAUACCUCAAUGUUUUGGAGUUUUAUCUCAAUUUUACCUUUCUCCUGCCCACCUCCACCAUUUUCUCUGUAAUAGCUGAUAACUCACUGAUCAAUAAAAUGGGAUCAUUGGUAAUGAGGUUUGUUUCUAAUCCAAGUUUCAUAAAUAAUAUGGUAAUGUGCUUGGAACUAGGAGGCUGUCAUCUUCAAGAGCAAGAAGAGUGAAUUACUAAAAAAAAGUUAGACAAAAUGUAGACAAUGUGUGAUGGGGAAAUCAGUGUUAGUGUGGAACUCAAAAGUUCAGACCUGUCAAGUAGCAUUACAAUUCUGGGCAGUGUUUUGGUAAUUCUGAUUUUAUUUCUAUAGAUAUUCAUUCAUUUAGUAAGUAGAUGAUAUUUUAAAUUAGAUUUCAACAGCCAAACUUAUUUCAGAUGUUAAAGCCAUGAAUCGUAUUGCGGCUACAGAUGAGGAGUACCCCAUUUGUCAUUUGCCCAGUUGUUAGUUUCUGAUCAUGUCAAGAUUUUUACCCUCUGCACCACUCCCCCCCCCCCCACCCCGUUCUGGAUUUUAUCAGUCCAUUUGUACUGAGUUAAGGAAUUGUAAGAACAGAGCUAGUUUAAGCAACUACCAAUGUGACACAGCAUCCACAGCUAAAAAGAUGUGAAUAUAAUGAAAAGUAACAUUAAUUGAUGAAACGGUGGUGGACUUCAGUGCAAUUGAAGUCCAGAAUCAUUUAGCUGGUGUCCUGAGGAGGCUGUGUAAGGUAAUGAAAGUCCACUGAUUUUUGUCUUUAACACCAUCUGGGGAAUAAAUACUGAGUGCAUGCAAAUGUGAAAACAAGUUCAUCAGUGACAUUUGUAAUAAAGGGAACUGGCUGAUUCUUAAACAUUAGAAUUAAGCUGAUGGGUGAAAGAGGCAUAAAGAAGAAAGUAUUGCUUUACAGACUCUUUCAAGGAUAAUUGUAAUGUGGGAUGAAAAAUAUUUUUUACUUUGAACUGCACCUUGCUUAAGAAACAUUCAGCGCAUUUAUGAUUUCUUUACCUGUUUCUAUCUAAAGGGAAGGUUCAAACAGAUAAAGGAAGAUAAUAAGCCCCUGAGGAGUGCACAUUUGGGUAACUUCUCAUUACUCAUGGAAUGACUCCAUGAUCUUUGUUUUAUACAGUAUUAAGUUUAGAAUGUAGAAACAUUUGCACCAUCAGUCUGGUUAAAUCCGCUAUUUAAUCCAAACAAUCAACAGAUAUUGUAAGUAUUGUUAGAAAGAAAAGGAAAGUUUUAUAUGUACGACUGUUGUAUACUCCUGCUGCCCUUUAUGUGGCUGUAUUUACCGGAAUACAGACUUGUAUAUAGCUAAGGUGCCUAAGACUUUUUCACAGUACUGUAUUUGUCAAGUGGAGCGGAGAGCAAAUUUGUAAAUGUGGUGGGGACAAAGGAUGUUGGGAAUGGCAAGGGUGGAACACCAUGAAAGGAGUGUGGGACAGGAGGCAGAGAAGGAGUGCCGGGGUGGGGGAUGGCAUGGAUGCAAUCACACCCUGCCCCGAAACACCAGACAAGGAAAUUUGAUUCCAAACCGUUGGUUUAUUGAUCAUUACAGAAUGCUUCUCUGAUGCUUCCCGCUCCGCCCCAGCUCCCUUCCCCUUUUCUCAACAAUGAUUCCACUAUCCCUGCCCCCUUCCCAUUCUCAGUCCACAACAGAGACCCAUAUCAGAAUCAGGCUUAUCUUCACUCACAUAUUGCAUGAAAUUUGUUUUUUUUUACUGUGGCAGCAGUACAGUCAAUACAUAACAUUAUGACUACUGUGCAAAAGUCUUAGGCACCCUAGCUAAGUAAAUGUGCCAAAGGCUUUCACAGUACUUUAUCACAAAGAAGUCAUCCACCCCAGUCCAGGUGUUUGAGCAGAACUUAAUUUCCUGUUAGCUCAAGGGUUCGUAACCUUCUCUUGCAGCAGCUGAAAGUCCUGAAGGAAAAGCAAAAUUUUGAAGAUUCUCAACAAGUCAAACAAAAUCUAUGGAGAAAAUUAAUGUGUAAUCAAAACAGAUGAAAGGUUGCUGACUUUAAAUAUUAAUUACUUACUCUCUCCAGAUGCUGCCUGACCCACUGAGUAUCUCUCCAAUUAUUUCAGGUUUGGCCUAUGCUUAAUACAAAUUAUGCUAUCUACUUGUCUGAAACAAGGCCUAAUGCCUGAUUUGUGCCUUCAGUUAAUGAAUUCAUUAGCUUAUGUAGUACCUGAAGUAAUCUGCCUCUUUCUCUGCUUUAGAUUCUUAUUUUCCAAGUAAAGUGCCUUGCUUUACUUUUCAAAGUACAUAUUCCCAUCCAUGACCUGAGUCUAAUUUACUAUAGUACUCAAAAGUAUUAACUAUCCUCAUUUAGUUUUAAUUUACUAUAGUACUCAAAAGUAUUAACAAUCCUCAUUUAGUUUUAAGUGUAAAAUUAGAAAUCAUUUAGUUUCUAAGUUUAAAUUCUGAAGCCCACUUUUUAUCAGAAAUAGAAGCAGAAAUACACCAUUUGGCUUCUCAAACCUCCUAACACCAUUUACUAUCAGCCUAUUUUAACCUCACUUUCCUGCAAAACCCCAUAUUUUGUAGUCCUUCAAUAUCUAAACAUUACUUUAUAUCAUCACCCUUUUGCCAUGUUUUGUCAGUGAAUGUUCAGUGCUACAAAAAGCUGCAAAUGUGAAGUGUGAACAGAAAAUAUGAAUCCACAUUGUUUGUAGAGGGAGGGACAAUGUUUCUGGUAAAUGAUUUCAGUUUUCUGAAAUGGUCAUUGCCUGUGAUUUUAACUCUGUUUCUUUCCACAUGGUUGCUCCCUGAGCAGAGAAAUAUUUACAGCAAUUUCUAUUUUUAGUUUAAAUUGUAAAACUGAAAGCAAAGUGCAAUGAAAGCAAACAGAAAUUUCAGAGAAAGGGAAUACAGAAUUAAUGAAUCUGUGAAAACAGGUUGACACAGUGGCACAGCUGGUAGUUUCGAACUUAAACAUUGACAAUUCAUUUCCUCCUACAGAUGCUGCUGAAUCCACUGAGUUCCUCCAGCAGAAUGUUUAUGGCACAAUUUGUGGAGCUGCUGACUCUCAGCUCCAGAGGUCUGGGUUCAAUCCUUAUCUCAGCUGCUGUCUGUGUGGAGUUUGCCUGUUCUCUUUGUAACUGCAUUGUUUUCCCUAAUGUUCUAAAAGACCCAUAGGCCAGUGGGUUAAUUGGCUGCUGUACAUUGCAUUGAAUGUACAGGUGAGUGGUAGAAUCUGGGAGGCAGGGGUUUGAUGUAAACAUAGGAAAAACAGAAGUGGAAUUGGUGUAAUUGGAUGCUUGAUGGUCAGCACGGACCUAGUGGCCAAAGAGCCUGUUCCCAUCCAGAGUCUUGAUGCAGGGUGCUGACAUUGCUUCCACAGAUGCUGCCUAACAUGCUGAUUUUCUCUUUUGCUCUAAAUUCCAACAUCUGCAGUGUCUUGUGUCUCCAAUAUGACUCUGUUACAAGUGCUGGAAAAUUGCUGAAGGUCUGACCAUACCUCUGUAGAAGGAAAUUAGAUCAAUACUUGUGAGGCAUGAGCAUUCUACAUACAAGAUGAAAUGGGCUUUAGUCUGCCUUAUUCCUAGAAGAAUGAUAAGGAAUUUGAUUGAAACAUAUAAAGACUCUGAAGGUCUUGGCAGGGGUUACUGCUAACUGGUGGGCAAUAAACUUUGGGCUGUAAUUCAGCCUUGAUUUUGAAAUGCUAUAUUCCUUGAUUGGCCAAUACCAGUCCUAAUGCACUGAAAACAAAAAGUGAAUUUCAUUGUCGAUGUCUUCCUUUGUUGAGAGACAGCAUCCAAGAUAAGAGAGGUGAUUCAUAUUUUCCAGGGUGUUGUUAUGGGCCUUGGUUAUUGGAGGGUGCUCUACACUGGGGACAAGUUGAUGGUUGGGGGGCGGGGGGCUUUGUAAUGUACUGUGCAAGGUCCAUUCUCAUAUUCAGUGUCUAACAGGUCAGUGAAGACUUGGAGCUCCAAUAUACACACAUAUAUGUAUCACCUGCAGAUUGUAGCUCUAGGGGUGAAGUUAGGGCCAAAUAGGUUCUGGAUUGCAGGGGUAGGGGUUGAUGUGGUUUGAACAAGUUCCUAAUUUAUCUUGUACUACAGAAUCUUUCAAAGAACCACAAAUAUUACAUCUUGACUCCAUCUCUUAACUGCAUGAAGGAAAUCAAGCUGAUGUCUUUGUAGUGAGUGGUAACCAGUUGUGAAGAAAACUAAGUACAUUAAAAUUCUACAGCUUUCAUGAAAAUUGAAAUUUCAAAAUAAACAUUUUAUAAUAUUUUGACUCUUCAACUUGUGUAUUGGAAGCUUGUGUAGUACCAUCCCAGUGCUGAAAACAUCUCCAGCCAUAUACAUUACCAGCAGGUGAAAGCCAACGUGAAUCCUGUACCCAGAACCUGGCUCAGAAGUUGCAUGUCAGAAUUGAAAGUCAAUGGGAAGGAACAGGAAAGAAUGAAGAAUUUUAAUAAAGAAACAGCAGAAUUGCUGCAAAGUUUUACCAAGUCCAGUUUAAUGUAAUUUAAGAGCUGGGUUCAGCUCAGGUCUCUAGACAAGAAAACUAAUCCAUUUAGUUCCCCAACUGUGGUGUCUGGCAUCUUCUGUUUAGAUUGCCAUAUUUUUCAGUGUGUGAAUUAGUUUGCUUUCUGAAAUAAAGGCCUUUUAAUAGCUUCAAAUUGCAUUUUCUCCUU